AUGCGAACCCCUAUCAACAGACUCUCUCAAAUACGCCAACCAAGCACACCCUCCACAAUGCUCUCAUCCCGAGCUUUCUCCUCUCUUCUCUCCACCCCACGCCUCCAACCUACACUUGGCGCCCGCCUCCCCUCAACUACACUCUCUUCGCCGCUGUCCUCCCUCCUCUCCCGGGCUCCCCAGCAGAGCCGUUCUUUCUCCGCAAGUGCUUCCCUCGGCGUGCGCCGAGUGACUUUCCGCCCAUCACGACGAGUCCAGAAGCGCCGCCAUGGCUACCUCGCGCGCAAGAAGGAUAGAAACGGACGCAAGAUCCUCGUGCGGAGGACUCUCAAAGGCCGAAAGGAGCUCAGCUGGUAG